ACGCCAACGCCCUGCAUACAGUCCGCUGGCCCCGCCCUGCUUUAACAGACUCGCAGCAGUUUAUUUCUCAGAGACUUUUUCGUCAGACUGCUCUCUUCUCUCCACUUGCUUAAACUAAAGCUCCACUCAAACACACUGGGGAACUGCUUCUUUCCUGAAAUAUCUCAUCUAAGGACAACUUUUGCUCAUCCAAACUCGCUCUUUUACCAGAGGGACGCUACUUUAAGGCCUCCACGUUACUUUUUCUCCCAGGAUGGCUGCUGAUACAACCGAGAAUUCCUCUGCGGGCGUCGUGGAGAAGCUGAAAAGUUACGUGCGGACCCAGAAAGGCACCAUCCUCGCUGCAGAAAUUGUUCUCAGUCUGAUAAUCCUCAUCUGCUAUGCUUCGUCCUGGUAUGGCGGCUACACUGCUGUUGCCAUCUGCGAGAUGUGCUUUGCUAUCGUGUUCUUCUGCGUCUUCAUGAUGAAUCUGGACCAGCAGUGUACAGACAUCAGCUGGGACUGGAGUGACUUUAUCCGUGCAUUUACUGGCACUCUAGUUUACCUCAUCACGUCGCUCAUCUGCGUCAUCAGAGGAGCCGGGGACGGCGCGCUCAUCGCAGGCGGGGUGUUUGGCUUGCUCGCGGGUCUCCUGUUUGCAUAUGACACGUACACCAUCUACCUGCAAAUCAAGAGCGUCAGGUCGCAAACUGGAGGUUCUGGUAGCCCAGCUUAAACAGUCCACGCAUCUGUUAUCGACGCUGCAGGAACACAAAAACAGAGAAGAGCGGCUCAGUGAGGGGAGAUGGACAGUAAAAUGACCAGGUCACAGUUUUAAUCAUUGCAGCUGUAUGGUGUGAACAAAUGAGAAGUAUUUUAGAGCCGUGCUUGAGAGGAAUACCACAGAACCAAAGGGAGAGGCACUAUACUGUACAUCUGUGUCUGCAUGUGUGCUGCGGCGGGAA